UUCUAUGAAGUUGGGCUCUUCUGUUGACUGUAAAAAAGAGGAUUCAUUACUGAUCUUUACAAAAUUCUGUGCAGCAAAAGCAAACAGCUCUCCGACAGUUUGGAAUAGUGUUCUUGGAAAGACCCAUUCUUUACACAAAAGAGGCAUCAUUGAAUUAUCCGGAGCCUUACAAUGCACCACAGGCCGAUUUGCUUUGAUGUAUCUAGGUUAUGGGUGCUACUGUGGCCAGGGAGGAAGAGGAUGGCCCAAGGACGAAACAGACUGGUGCUGCCAUGCCCAUGACUGCUGUUACGGCUUUGCACAGGAACAAGGCUGUAGUCCCAUGAUACGCAGAUAUAAAUGGACUUGUAAGGACAAUCAUGUAAUAUGUGAUCCAACGCUGGACAAAUGCCAAAAAUUAAUGUGCCAGUGUGACAGAGAUGCAGCCAAAUGCUGGAGAUCUUCAGAUUUUAACCAGCAAUAUGCCUUCUGGCCCAAUGUUUUUUGUGGCCGCACUUAUCCUGUCUGUGGCUAUAAAAGGCACUGAGAGUGUGUGUUUUUGAAAUGAAACAUAUUUUUCUCUUAAUUUUAGAAUCUAAUAACUUGGACUUUAUUCAGCUAGUUGAAUGAAGAUAGCUACUUCCAAACUAUUUGUUAUCGUCUUUCCUCUUGAAAUCAAAUAUCAAAUAUAUAUGUUAUCUCCUUUGAUUCAGAACAUUUAUACUACAGAUGUUUUUAAAUGCAAGUUCACAUAACUGAAGCGCACUUGGUUGAUCAAAGGCAAAACAUACAAUGUGCCUGACUAAAAAUGUAUCAUAGAACCAUGUGCAGUGGGCCUGCUAUAUCUGUGGGGGUUCAGUUCUGGAAUCCUGUGCAGAUACAAAAAAAUGUGAAUUAUCAUGCUCCAUAUUAUUAAAUGGCCACGGCAU